CCAAGUUUCUUUGUUAACUGGAAAGCAUCAUCACUCAAUAUAAAUGGAGAUGGGCGUAUCUACAUGGGAGACUACAAGAAUUCUUAUUAUAUCUAUGAAGAUACAUUGGAUUUGCAAUACAAAGGUCUAUUCAUGGAGCAGGGGAAAGUCCUUACUUCCUACAGCACCAUUGAUUUCUCUGGAAACAAACUUGAAGGACAGAUUCCUGAGUCCAUUGGUCUCUUGAAGGAAUUGAUUGCGCUCAACUUAUCAAACAACGCCUUCACGGGCCAUAUUCCUCCGUCUUUGGCAAAUGUUACGGAGCUCGAGUCACUAGACCUGUCCAGAAACAAACUUACAGGGAAUAUUCCUAGAGGACUCGGGAGCCUCUCGUUUCUGGCGUACAUAAGUGUGGCUCAUAACCAACUUAAAGGUGAAAUACCAGAAGGACCACAGUUUAGUGGACAAGCUGAAUCAUCAUUUGAAGGGAAUGCAGGUCUAUGUGGUCUUCCUCUCCAAGGAAGUUGCUUUGCGCCACCAGCACAACAGCCUAAAGAAGAAGAUGAAGAAGAAGAGGACGAAGUGUUAAACUGGAAAGCAGUGGUUAUAGGGUAUUGGCCUGGACUCCUGUUUGGACUGGUAAUAGCACACGUUAUUGCUUCAUACAAGCCAAAGUGGUUUGUCAAGAUAGUUGGUCCAGAUAAGGGCAAGGAAGUAGAUCCAGUUAGAUUGUUUAUGAAUCUGGAUUCAAGAUGGGACAGCAUUAACAAUAAGGAUAGUGUAGAACAAGAAAGUGAUAAGAAAAUAUAG